CUCCACACUCUCAACACCCAACAGCAAGGGACUAACGACUCGCAGUGCCAGAGUUCCGGAUUCCGGUCUAAAAAUUCCCACGUCUCCACCGUGUAACGAUUUUUAUAUCUUCCUGCAAGAUUUUAUGAAAAAGGCGUGGUUUUAUACUCGUGAGGAGAAUAAACGUUCAAGCGUCAAACGCCAAGCCAAGGGGUGCUAAGAAGGCUCUUCUUUUGAUAUCCUGCGUGAACGCAAAGCGGAGCGGGCGAAGGGAAAAGAGCGUGGAGAAGACACUUUAUUUGUCCCUCUUUUACUUCGUUUGACUGCCCGAUUGUGGCGGCGUCUUCCGCGAGAAUAAACACGGCCUGGCGCCCGAGCACAGCAUGGCGCCUCAGGACUUCACGGGCAAGGUGAUUGCCAUAUCUGGCGCCGCGUCGGGCAUCGCGCUCGCGACGGCGCAGUACAUCUACUCGCUGGGCGGGUCGGUGUCGAUCACGGACGUGCGGCGGGAGGCCCUCGCGGAGGCGGCGAAGAGGAUCCGCGGGAGCGACUACGCGACGUACGAGAUCGACCCGGCAAAGGUGGCGACGGUGACGAAGGAGAUCCGGGGCACGUCGGACGGGGACGUGGCGGUGGCGGCGCCGCCGUCGGACGCCGCGGAGCUGGAGACGGGCGACGGGCGCGUCUUCGCCAUCGUGACGGACGUGCGCAGCUCCGAGCAGGUCGACCGCUGGAUCGCGCGGACGGUGGAGCGCUUCGGCCGCCUGGACGGCGCCGCAAACCUGGCCGGCGUCGUCGGCCGCCACAUCGGCGAGGGCACCAUCCUCGACAUCACCGACGCCGACUGGGCCUUCAUGACGAGCAUCAACCUGUCCGGCGUGUUCUUCGCGCUGCGCGCCCAGAUCAGGGCCAUGAAGGCCCUCAUCGAGGCAGGCACGAUGACGGGCGCCAGCAUCGUCAACGCGGCCAGCACGGCCGGCAUAGAGGGCAACAGCAUGAACUCGGACUACAGCGCCGCCAAGCACGGCGUCGUCGGCCUGAGCAGGAGCAUGGCCAAAGAAUGGGGCCACCUCAAUAUCAGGUGCAACGCUAUCUCGCCUGGCGUGAUCGCGACGCCGAUGGUGCAAACGCUGUCGCAACCGAUGCGUGAGGGCAUUGAGUUUCUGUUGAAACACAAGCAGGCUCUCGGGCGGCGGGCUCAGCCGAUCGAGAUCGCAAAGCUGGUGGCCUUCUUGCUGAGCGAGGACUCCAGCUUCACCACGGGUGCAGUGUACGUAGCCGAUGGGGGCCAAGUGUGUUAGUGUCUUUGGGGGGCGUCACUGUUUUCUGUUACCCCCGGGGUAGCAGGAAAAGGAAAGUACGAACUUGAAAAUGAACGGGGGGUUUUGCUUUAAAGCUUAACGUUAGAGCAAUAAGACUUCGCGAUUACAAUGUAUCUUUGAGCUAUGCACA